GUACGAGCGCACAAUAAAACACACAAAAAAAAUAUACACACAUACACACACACAUACAUACACACACACAUACAUAUAUACAUGUAUAUAUAUAAAAUAUUGGAAACAUGAAACUUCGAUUUUUAUACGCGAUCCUCCUAAUGGCGAUCGUAUUGGUCAAAGCCGAGGAAGACGUGGAUACAGAUAAUAUACUCGAUAAUAAAGAUUUUGACGACAUUGUGAAUAAGGAAAAUUCCGGAAUUAGAGGACGAUCUCUAAAUGUUGAUGUAAAAAACAAUGGCAAAGAAACCACCGAACCAGGCAAUGGCGAAGAAAACACCGAACUAGGCAAUGGCAAAGAAACCAACGAACCAGGCAAUGGCAAAGAAAACACCGAACCAGGCAAUGGCAAAGAAACCAACGAACCAGGCAAUGGCAAAGAUACCACCGAACCAGGUAAUGGCGAAGAAACCACCGGACCAGGUAAUGGCGAAGAAACCACCGAACUAGACAAUGGCGAAGAAACCACCGGACCAGGUAAUGGCGAAGAAACCACCGAACCAGGCAAUGGCAAAGAAACCACCGAACCAGGCAAUGGCAAAGAAACCACCGAACCAACCAAUGAAGGAACCACCAAUACAACCAGUGAAGGAACCACCAAUACAACCAGUGAAGGAACCACCAAUACAACCAGUGAAGGAACCACCAAUACAACCAGUGAAGGAAACACUGAAAGUACAUCAAAAACGCCAACAACCGUUCCAAGUUUAGAGGAUUACCCAUACCAAGUUCGUGGAAAAAACGGAACGUGUAUAUUGUCGAAGAUGACGAUCUUAUUAACUGUGAAUUACAACACCACAAAUAACAAGAAUAAUAAAUCAACCUUGAAAGUACCUUCUACUGCAAACGUCAGUGGUAUAUGCGAAAAAGAUAAAAAUUCUAUGACAUUAACUUGGUUAUCAUUUGAAAAUAAUACAGAAAGCGUCAAUUUUGCGGAUACAGCUAAUAAUAGUAACAUGACAUUCUCUUUCAAGAAGAACGAUUCUAAGUUUUCGAUUGAUCAAAUCAUUGGAUUCAUAUACAUGGAUGAAACGUAUUUUCCAAAUACAACAGAAAAAGGGACUUACACAGAACUGGUAACCAAAUCGGAUCUUAAUUUGUUCUCUUCUGCUACGAACAGUAAAUAUGUAUGCAACGUUAACACUGUUGUGGAGGAAGACAACCUUGAAUUAUCAAUAACCAAUGUCGAAUUGAUAGCUUUCAACGAGGAUGACAGUACUAUAUCGUCGAAAUCAAUAAAUGACUGUACAACUGCUGUUUUAUCUGAAUCGGCGAAUGUUGGUGCAAUAGUAGGUGGUAUUAUCGGUGCUUUAGUCGUGAUUGGUAUCAUUGGAUUUAUAAUUUGGCGACGAAGAAGAAACUCUUCUGUUCGAUCGGAAGUAGCAUAAUAAAUAAAUAAAUAAAUAAAUAAAUAAAUAAAUAAAUAAAUAAAUAAAUAAAAUAAAUAAAUAAAU